ACAUGGUACAGAAAGCGACCAAUAGUAUUGAGAUUCGUGGUGUUCUGGCGCUGGAAUGCGGGGCCACUCUGGUUGUUAUCACUGGCAGUGAAAGACUGGAGUGGUGGUGACGACUGUGGAGUGAGGGCAACCACAAACACGAACAUGGCAACUGCACAGUCAGCCUUAACGUUCGCAGUCUGUAUCCUGAUGAUAACCGAACUGAUACUUGCCAAAAGGGACUACUAUGACAUUUUGGGCGUGCCGAAAGACGCGACUGAACGUCAGAUUAAGAAGGCCUUUCACAGGUUGGCGAUGAAGUACCACCCGGACAGGAACAAGAGCCCUGACGCCGAGGCAAAAUUCAGAGAGGUUGCUGAAGCAUAUGAGACGUUGUCAGAUGAGAAGAGGAGGCGGGAAUACGAUCAGUUUGGACACAAAGCGUUCCCCGGCGACGGCGCAGGUGCCGGAAACGGCCACCACUUCCACCAGCCGUUCAACUUCAACUUCGACGACAUUUUCAAGGACUUUGACAUCUUCGGGCAGCACCAGCAGGCCCGUCAGAAGAAGCACUUUGACAGUGCCUUCCAGGCCCACCAGGAGGCGCACAGUCGCCACAAGAGGCACUUCCAGGGCUCGUUUGGCGGCGGACUCUUCGACGACAUGUUCGAGGACAUGGAAAAGAUGUUCACCUUCAACAGCCACUCCGCGCGGACUGAGAGCAGGUUCCAGGGCUCGGCCAAACAGUGCCGGACUGUGACACAGCGCCGUGGCAACAUGGUCACCACGUACACCGACUGCUCGAAUUCGUGAGCCUGCGGCAGGGCGGGAACACCUCAGCACUUGAAGACACCCCAUUGGUCCCUAGGUUGGGGUGGGAGGAGCUGGCAUGUUUUACGUGUGGUAUUGAACUAAUUUAAUUUACUGCUGUGAAUGGAGUAAAGCUCGUUUUUUGCUUGGGGGAUAACCAUGUUUGUAAGUAGUGAAGGCCAGUGAAACAUGCUUAGUUCUGUUGUCAAAUCAUUCAAAGCAACACACAAGUACAGGUUAACGCAUUUUAAAAAUUUGCAGCAUUAAAAUGUCCCUUUAUUCUGUUGAAAGCUAUUCUUCUUGUAAGCAAUAGCCUAAAAAUUAGAAUUUAUUGUUUUUCGAUUUUAUAGACAGCUAAUUAACACCUCUUGUUUAGAAACCAUCAAAAAAUCCCAUGGCAUUUAACUGAUUUUGAUUCUGGCAAGCGUUGCUUGUAUUGAUUUGUACCAGCUGACCAGUUUGGUACCAAUUAUAUAAUAGCUUUUAUCGAGAGGUUCCUCAUGAACAAUAAUUAAUCUCACAAAAAAGCAAGUUGGACUUUUAAUUACAUUGUGAUAAAAGCCUUGUAUAAUAAUAUAAUAACAGAACUCCGAUGUGUUAGCAAUUGUUUUAUUGAAGUGGUCUUCAGGAGUUUUUUUCUUUUUCUUGGCACCACCGCACAAACUAAGGUGUGUUAAAACCCCUGUAACAGGUAAAAAAUAAUAAUUGUGAUUUAUAGACUGUCAAUGGUGCUUAAUUGAAGGUGUUGUUGGUGUCAGAGAAUACCAUGCUAUAUCAGUUAUAACAUUCAGGUUGCUGAUUUUUAUCUGUUGUUAAUUUCAAAUAUGAGUUGAAUUUAAUACUAAACAAUACCACAACAUAAUAUGGUAAUAUGACACAAGAUUUUGGAAAAUAUUGUGCGUCUGGAUCUUCCAUACCGGUUUAUUCUCAGGAAGGCAUGGAAAAAACAGACAUUUGUUUUGGAUCACAUUGUCUUGUUUUUCAUGUUGAUUUUUUCUUACUCUUCUUUUUGUAGUUUAUCUCUGAAGUGAACACCACCUAGUUGUUAUGCAUGAAGACUCCACUUUGCCCGAAUGUUAUGUUGAUUAACAUUCUGGAAAGUACUGUCAUGGUACCUGAAGGUUAUAACUUUGUUAUACAAGUGGCUUGCCAGUAUGUAAUGGAAUGUUUUCGUUUAAAUAUGGCCCUUAUAACUCCCUAUUCACAUGUCUGGUACUUCAAGGGUGUGCUUCUCACUCAACAAUGGGGGGAAAAUGCAAUAUGUUUUGAGGUACUUCCUGUUCUUUCAGAGUUUAAUUUUCAGUAACACCCAAUUACUGAGUUAAAAAAAAAAAAAUAUGGAAAAGCUAAUGCUGACUGAAGGUCUCUUUCCUCUUCAGAAUAUUUAGGAAAAAGCAAUAUUUUUUGGAUUAUUAAUGCUUUUGUGAGCUUUUUUUCCCCCCUCAUGGUGUCUCGCUAAUGAUUGAGAAGGUUACAUCAGCAAAACGAUAACUGUGGAUUGUGUAACUGAUCUGUGUUGAAAUGGUUUGGUUUUUUAAUGAUGGGUGAGUUUUAAUAACUCAUUUUUUUUAAACAACACAUGUAAACACCUAGAAGUAUUUUUUUUAGUGCUUAGGGAGUGGGGCAUGAUGUAAGCUACCUGUUUUAGACUAAUAUUAAAAUUAUCUCUAGAAACCAUUAUUUCAGUCUUUCCCCAUUGUAAUAGUGUAACUGAAUUUAAUCUUAUCAUAAAGCAAAAGACAACCAUGUAAUCACCUGAUGUUCUACCUUAAACACACCAACUGUUACCUCAUAUCCUAUCCUCAGUUGUCUCUGUCCUCCCAUAUACGUGCAAUAUAUUGAGCCAGCUCUUCUCUUUUCCUGUCUUUAAUUUCCGUAUUGCUUGUGUUACCUGCUGGCCUCGUUUUGUGGACUUUGAAAUACGAUUAGAUUGUCUUGCACUUUCAUUAUUUUAAUCCUAUGAAUGAAAUGCACAUUUCACAACGGUCUUAAAAAUGGUAUUAUUGUGCAUUUGUUUGGAAGAAUAAAUAUUGAUGCCGCUA